GCUGAGAUCCUCCUGAGAUCCUCCUGAGAUCCUGCUGAGAUCCUGCUGGAUCCCGACCAUGCAGCGUCUGCUGGUCCUGCUCGUCCUCGUCUCGCCAGCCGUCCGCCACGCCGCCGGCGGUGACGUGUGUGUGGCCGGUCAUGACAGCGGCCCCGUGUUUGAAGAGCAGCCAAAAAGCCUCAUUUACCCAGAAGGCCUGAAGAGCAAAGUGACCCUCAGCUGCCAGGCCAGAGCGAGCCCGACCGCCAGCUACAGGUGGCUGGUGAAUGGCACCGAGGUCCCGCUGGGUCUGGACCCCCGCUACACGCUGGUGGCCGGCAGCCUGGUGAUCAGCAGCCCGCAGUCGAGCCACGACGCCGGCUCCUACCAGUGCCUCGCCGUCAACCGCUGCGGCACCAUCAUCAGCCGCGCCGCCUACGUCAAGUUCGGCUACCUGGACGACUUCCCCGCAGACAGCAGGAGUCCUCAGACGGCGUAUGAAGGAGUCGGGACGUUUCUGGCGUGCCAGCCCCCUCCACAUUACCCAGCUCUGUCCUACCGCUGGUUCAUCAACGAGUUCCCCAACUUCAUCAAACGGAACGACGGCCGCCGCUUCGUGUCCCAGGUGACGGGGAACCUCUACCUGGCCAAGGCGGAACCCAACGACACCGCCAUGUACUACUGCUUCGCCACCAUCGACCUGGACAUCAGCACCAAGAGCACCUUCAGCCGGGCCAACCAGCUCAGCGUGCUGCCCGACGCCAAUCCCAGGAGGUCGGCUCCGAGCAUCAAAGUGCGUUUCCCGGCGGAGACGUACGCCUUAGCGGGACACACCGCCCAGCUGGAGUGCUUCGCCUACGGAAAUCCCACCCCGAAGCUGCGGUGGAGGAAGGUGGACGGUCUGCUGCCGUCCAAGGCGGGCGACAGCGCCGAGUCGCCCACCCUCACGCUGCCUUCGCUGUCCUUCGACGACGAGGGCGUUUACGAGUGCGAAGCCUACAACUCGGAGGGGAGCGACAUGCACACGGGACGCAUCACCGUGCAAGCUCAGCCUCAGUGGCUGCAGGUGAUGAGCGACUCCGAGGUGGAGAUCAGCUCCCAGUCGCACUGGAGCUGCGUCGCCUCCGGGAAACCACGUCCGUCCGUCCGCUGGCUCCGCAACGGACAGCCGCUCGCCACGCUGGACCGGGUCGAGGUGAACGGCGGCCACCUGACCAUCAGUAACCUGGCCCUGGAGGAUUCUGGGAUGUACCAGUGUGUCGCCGAGAACAAACACGGCACCAUCUACUCCAGCGCCGAGCUCCGAGUGCAAGUCCAGGCCCCAGACUUCAGGCAGAACCCGGUCCGGAAGCUGGUCCCGGCGGCGCGGGGCGGCCAGGUGAUGAUCGAGUGCCGACCGCGGGCGGCGCCGAAGCCGACGCUGUUCUGGAGCCGCGGCACCGAGCUCCUCACCAACAGCAGCAGGGUGACGGUCACUCCGGACGGCGUCCUGUGGAUCCACAACAUCAGCAGAGCCGACGAGGGCAAGUACACCUGCUUCGCCGAAAACUACCUGGGCAAAGCCAACAGCACUGCUCACCUGUCUGUGAGAGAUGCCACUAAGAUCACUCUGGCUCCCUCGAACGCCGACAUCAAUCAGGGAGAGAACGUGACGCUGCAGUGCCACGCCUCGCACGACCCCACCAUGGACCUCACCUUCACCUGGGCCCUCAACGGGGCCCCGCUGGAGCUGGAGGCCCCCGCCGGGCCCUACCACCGCGUGGAGGGGAAGGAGACCAUCGGCGACCUGCUGAUCGUGGGCGGGCAGCUGAGCCAGGCGGGCACGUACACGUGCACGGCCCAGACGGUGGUGGACAGCGCCACGGCCGCCGCCAAGCUGGUCGUCCGAGGCCCGCCGGGGCCCCCUGGUGGUCUGGUGGUGAAGAACGUGGCGGAGACGUCGGUGGAGCUGCGUUGGAGCCGCGGCUACGACAACCACAGCCCCAUCGGCAAAUACGUCAUCAUGGGCCGCUCGCCGCUCUCCGCCCAGUGGAGGAGGAUGAGGACAGAGCCCGCUAACAUCGAGGGCAACGCGGAGUCGGCCCGGGUGAUCGGCCUCAUGCCCUGGAUGGACUACGAGUUCCAGGUGAUCGCCAGCAACAUCCUGGGCAGCGGAGAGCCCAGCAUGCCCUCACACACCAUCCGCACGCAGCAAGCAGCUCCCACUGUGGCCCCCAGCGGUCUGGGAGGAGGAGGAGGAGACCGCAACGAGCUCAUCAUCACGUGGACGCCGAUGGCCAGAGAGUACCAGAACGGCGACGGCUUCGGCUACAUCCUGGCGUUCAGGAGGAACGACACGGAGGCGUGGACGGUGGUGCCGAUCGCCCACGUGGAGUCGUCGCGCUACGUCUACUCCAACCAGAGCCUGACGCCGUACUGCCCCUUCGAGGUGAAGAUCAAGGCCUACAACCGGCGAGGAGAAGGGCCCUUCAGCCAGGUGGCGCUGGUGCACUCUGCAGAGGAAGAGCCCACAGUGGGACCGUCCAGCAUCAACGCCACGGCGCUCACCGCCUUCGACAUCCAGGUGUCAUGGGAGCCCGUUCAGCAGCUCGGUGCCAACGGCAUCCUGCGAGGAUAUGAGAUCCGGUACUGGCGGCAGCACGAGCGCGAGGCGGCGGCGGACCGCGUGCGCACGGCGGGGCCGGAGACGACGGCGCGCGUGUCGGGCCUGAGGCCGAGCACACGCUACCACGUGGCCGUGCUCGCCUACAACAGCGCCGGGACGGGCCCGCCCUCGCCACGCACCACCAUCACCACCAGGAGGCCCCCCCCGAACCGUCCCCCGGGCAACGUGUCCUGGAAGACUGAUGGAUCAUGGGUAACGGUCAGGUGGGACGCCGUGAAGGCCAUGCACAACGAGUCCGCCGUGCUGGGAUACAAGGUGCUCUACAAGCACGAGGGCCAGACGGCGCUGAAGGUUCUGGAUAAAGGGAAGACGUCGGUCAGUCUGCCGCUGCCCAGAGACGACGGCUACGUGGUCCUGGAGAUCCGCUCGUGGGGCGAGGGCGGCGACGGCGCCGCGCACGAGAUCAUCGUGUCCCGCGACUCAGGAACCGGUAUGAUGGUCCAGAACGAGGCCCCGCCCACAUCGUCCAAUCACGGGCUUCCCCUCCUCGCCGCCACAGUUCUCCUCGCUCUGAUUGGCCGGUUGGGGCUGUGAUGCCGGGCCGUCCCGGGACUU